AUGGAUGACCUCUUUGCCGUCUUCGAGGAGCAGCCUCGAGCGCCAAAAAAGCGCAAGGCUGACGACACUCCCGACGUCGAAAUGACCGACGGCGCCAACGGUGGUGCCAAUGGUGAUGCCAAUGGUGAUGCCAAUGGCGCCGCUGCGCCCGCCAAAGAAGAGGCCGUCGCGAACGGCAACGAAGAGAUCCCCUCGACUGACGAACCGACCACGCCCGCAAACGGCGAUGAUUCGAAUAACAGCUUCUUGAAGCGCCCCAAAAUGCAAGAUGAGGCCGAGCCCAUCAUCACCGAUACCUUCCAGACGGCCGAGUCGCGCGAGGUCACCGCGGCUCAGGGCUUCGCGCCAACCGUUGAGUCUGAACCGCUCGUGCUGUCGCACAACAUCCAGCAUCAGGUUGCCCUACCGCCAGAUCUCGACUACGAGUACAUACCGCUUUCCGAGCACAAGCCGCCCGCCGAGCCGGCGCGCACGUAUCCCUUCAAGCUUGAUCCCUUCCAGGCCAUGUCGGUCGCGUCCAUCGAGCGUGACGAGAGUGUACUUGUUUCUGCCCAUACCUCUGCCGGCAAGACAGUCGUUGCCGAGUAUGCCAUCGCCCAGUGCCUGAAGCGCAACCAGCGCGUCAUCUACACCUCGCCUAUCAAGGCUCUUAGCAACCAAAAGUUCCGCGAUUUCCAGGCCGAGUUCGGCGAUGUUGGUCUCAUGACGGGUGAUGUUACCAUCAACCCUACGGCGAGUUGUUUGGUCAUGACUACCGAAAUUCUGCGAUCCAUGCUGUACCGCGGUUCCGAAAUCAUGCGCGAAGUCGCGUGGGUCAUCUUUGAUGAGAUUCACUAUAUGCGUGACAAAACCCGCGGUGUGGUCUGGGAAGAGACCAUCAUCCUGCUGCCCGACAAGGUUCGCUAUGUCUUUCUGUCGGCCACGAUUCCGAACGCCUACCAGUUUGCCGAGUGGAUUGCCAAAAUUCAUCGCCAGGCCUGCCACGUCGUUUAUACCGACUUCCGGCCGACGCCCCUGCAGAACUACUUCUUCCCCGCCGGCGGCAAAGGUAUUUACUUGAUUGUCGACGAGAAGGGCAAUUUUAAGGAGCACAACUUCAACCAAGCCAUGUCGGCCAUCGAGCAGAGCAAGGGCGCUGACUCGGCCGACCCCAACGCGCGCAUGAAGGGCCGCGGCAAGAACAAGCGCAUCCACACGGGCGAGGCCACGGAUGGAAAGUCAGACAUUGCCAAGAUUAUCAAGCUGAUCAUCAAGAAGAACUUCCAGCCCGUUAUCGUCUUCAACUUCAGCAAGCGCGAAUGCGAGCAGUUGGCGCUGGCCACCUCCAGCUUAAAGUUCAACUCGCCCCAAGAGGAGGAGCUUGUCAAUUCGGUCUUCGGUAACGCCAUCGGGCAGCUGUCGGAAGAUGACCGCCAACUACCGCAGAUUUCUAACAUCCUGCCGCUGUUACGCAAGGGCAUCGGUGUCCACCACUCCGGUCUGCUGCCCAUUCUCAAGGAGACCAUCGAGAUCUUGUUCCAGGAGGGCCUUAUUAAGGUGCUCUUUGCGACCGAGACUUUCUCGAUUGGUCUCAACAUGCCCGCGCGUACCGUCGUGUUCAGCCAGGUUACCAAGUGGGACGGCAAGACGCGUCGUCCGCUGACCCCCUCCGAGUACAUUCAGAUGGCCGGUCGUGCCGGUCGUCGUGGUCUCGAUGACCGCGGUAUUGUCAUCAUGAUGGUCGACGAGAAGCUCGAGCCCGAGGUGGCGCGCAGCGUGGUUGUCGGCCAGCAGGACCGCCUCAACUCGGCCUUCCACUUGGGCUACAACAUGAUCCUCAACCUGCUGCGUAUCGAGGCCAUCUCGCCCGAGUACAUGCUCGAGCGCUGCUUCUUCCAGUUCCAGACGGCCCACAGCAUCCCCCAGCUAGAGCGCGAGCUGGCUGCCCUUCAACAGGAACGCGACUCUAUGAUCAUCCCCGACGAGGCGCUCAUCAAGGACUACCACUCGAUUCGCGAGCAGAUCGACCAGUACACCAAGGACAUGGUGCUGGUCAUGCAGCACCCGACCAACUGCGUCAAGUAUAUCAAUCCCGGCCGACUCAUGCACGUCGUCACGUCGGACGGCACCGACUUCGGCUGGGGCGUCAUCAUCAACUUCUACGAGCGCAGGCCCGAGCGGAAUAACCCCAAUCCCGGCUGGUCGCCCCAGGAGAGCUACGUCGUCGAGGUACUCCUCCGCCUAUCCUCCGACAGCGGCUCCGUCGACAGCAAGCUCAAGGACAACCAAUGCAUCCCGGCCGGCAUUGCCCCUGUCACCCAGAAAAACGACCCCGGCCGCUGGGAGGUCGUGCCCUGUCUGCUCUCCUGCAUGCACGGUCUCAGCCAGAUCAAGCUGCACGUGCCGGACAAGAAGUCAGGCGGGUCGAUGGACGACCCCGAAACCCGCCGCCGCGUGGGCAAGUCCCUGCUGGAAGUGCAGCGCCGCUUCGAGGACGGCAUCCCGCACAUGGACCCGAUCGAGAACAUGCACAUCCGGGAUGUUGAGUUUAAGAAGCUGCUGCGUAAGAUCGAGGUGCUCGAGUCGCGCCUUGUGGCCAACCCGCUGCACAACUCGCCUCUCUUAGCCGAGCUGUGGGAGAAGCUGCAGUACAAGCUCUCCCUGCAGGACAAGAUCAAGGAGAAGAAGAAGGAGAUCUCGCGUGCGCACUCCAUCGCGCAGAUGGACGAGCUCAAGUCGCGCAAGCGGGUGCUGCGCCGGCUGGGGUUCAUCAAUGACGCUGAGGUGGUGCAGAUGAAGGCUAGGGUGGCGUGCGAGAUUUCGUCGACCGAGGGGCACGAGCUGUUGUUGGCGGAGUUGUUGUUCAACCGGUUCUUUAACGAGCUCUCGCCGGAGGUGAUUGCCGCUGUGUUGAGCGUGUUUAUCUUUGAUGAGAAAGUUGAGACGACGGCCGCGCUGAAGGAGGAUCUCGCCAAGCCGUACCGCGAGAUCCAGGCGCAGGCAAGGAUUAUUGCCAAGGUUAGCGCCGAGAGCAAGCUGGAUGUCAAUGAGGACGAGUACGUGAAUAGCCUCAAGUGGCAGCUAAUGGAGACGGUACUGGCGUGGGCGAAUGGGCAGCCAUUUUCGGAAGUUUGUAAAAUGUCCAACGCCUACGAGGGCUCGCUCAUCCGUCUCUUCCGCCGUUUGGAGGAGCUGCUGCGCCAGAUGGCCGAGGCGGCCAAGGUCAUGGGCAGCGACGAGCUGCGCGAGAAGUUCGAGACCAGCCUCGCCAAGAUCCGCCGCGACAUUGUCUCGUUCAACAGCUUGUAUCUGUAA